GGGAUUGAUAAAAACCCUAACUUUUACUCUGUAGCCCGAACGCACCACGGGCAUAGCCUGGGCUAGCGAAUGCUCGCCAUACACAACAUUGGGACAUGAAUACUUUGUCAACGUGAAAUAAUGGACAUUAAGGACCGCUUUGCCUUCCUUGCUGAGUGGUACGACCCCACGGCGUGUCUGCUGCGGCGCUACCAACUCUUUUACUACCCCAACGACAACUCAGUGGAGAUGUUUGACGUGAAGAACCAGAGGAUAUUCCUGCGGCGCACCAAGUACGGCGACCUGCGCAAGGAGGACCUGUUUGUGGGCAACCGCAUCAACGUCUUCUCGCGUCAGCUUAACCUCGUGGGCUACGCCGACCGCUACACAGCCAACAAGCUGGGCAGCAAGAAAGAAAGGACGCUCGCCCUGCUGAAGCCGGAUGGCGUUUUGAAGAUCGCAGACAUCCUGGAAAUCGCGAAAGACGCCGGCUUGAUGGUGACCAAUGCUAAGAUGACGCAUCUGACAUGGAGCCAAGCGGCAGACCUUUAUGUGGAACAUCAAUCAAAGCCGUUCUUUAAUUCCCUGGUGCAUCAGGUGUCCUCCGCCCCCGUGGUUGCCUUGGAGCUGAUGGGCGACGACGCCGUGUCCAUCUGGAGGAAACUCCUGGGACCCUCCGACGUGGCGGCGGCCCGGAAGGAGGCGGCGCACAGCGUCCGCGGGCUGUUCGGAACCGACGACGGCAGAGACGUGGCGCACGGUUCGGACUCGCUGGCUGCCGCCGCCAGGGAGCUGGAGUUCUUCUUCCCGACAGCGAUUUGCCACGGUCCGCCCAAUACGGCCCUCUACUCGGACUGCACGUGCUGCGUCAUCAAACCUCACGCCGUGUCUGAAGGCCUCACCGGCAAGAUCCUCAACUCCAUCGCUGCUGCAGGGUUUCACAUCUCAGCUUUGGAAAUGUUCAAUGUGGACCGAGCCAACGCGGAGGAGUUCUACGAAGUCUACAAAGGUGUCGUGCUAGAAUACACGGACAUGGUGACCGAGCUCUCUCUGGGACCCUGCAUGGUCCUGGAGAUCCACGGCGCUGACGUAGCCAAGGCCUUCAGGGAGUUCUGCGGGCCCGCCGAUCCGGAGAUCGCGCGGCACCUUCGUCCCACCACGCUGCGUGCCAUCUACGGCACGGACAAAGUCAAGAACGCCAUCCACUGCACGGACCUUCCGGAAGACGCCGUGUUGGAGGUGCAGUACUUCUUCAAGAUCCUGGACGGAUGACGACAAACACACACUAGGCGACCUUUUUGACCUUUUAUUGUUUCAGCCAGAUGAAAUAAAGUGACCAGAAGACUCCUGACAAAGUGUUGUUUUUCUCCCCAACAUGGAAUUAUUUUCACACCUCGGAUAUUCUUUCCACUUUGGUAUCGGAUUGAAACAUUUGAAAACAACAAAUAAAAUGUACAACUGCAUAAAUAUAAAACUCUUCCACCGUGAACGUGGCUAAAACAUUGAGAGGCCGCGUCGACUCCGCUAGAAAGCUACAAAAAAGAAGUGAUGGGAUCCUUCCACGGUCCACCUGAUGCUGUCAGGAGGUCUCGGGUACCACGCUCGUAUUUCAGUUAGUCGGGAGCACAUUUAACACACACGCACACUAAAAGCCAACGAGACGGGAGAAAUUACAAGACACAAACACGUCAGUAGUAAUGGAAUUGCAGUUUUCCAUGGCUGGUUCAUGUAGAGUAGAAUAAAUAUGUUGCUAUUGCUACUGGACGCACAGACGAGUGAAGCACACGGAUUUAAGUGGAGUAUGGUGGCCGCGCUAAUAUCAAUUGGUUCUAUAUCGGACUUGCUUUUUUUUUUUUUUGUGGU